UUCAAAAAAAAAAAAAAAAAAGAGCUCGUGAUUACUGCAGUGGAAGAUGGGAACUGCACAGUUUAUGAAUGUAUUGUGACACGGAGCUAGGAAUAUGGACAGAAAGAAAGAGUGUGUAUUCGUAUAAAGGAGCCAGAGAGAAAAAUGUGUGGUGAGGGCUGGGCAGGUUUCACCCAGCAUAUUACAGUCAUUUGUCUUUCUUAGGUGCUGUGUUAUCUAAUGCAGGUGUGUAAUACACAAGAGUGUAUGGCACACUCCCUAUAUGACUUUGGAGUUACUUGCAACGCAAUGUGUCUUUCAUUUGUGUCUGUAAAAAUGCAUUUCGUGUAAUGUGGGCAUUUUGUAAUUUCUCAACAAAUGUUAGCUAAAUAAUGAAUAAAAAAUAAAAAAGAGUGAAUUUAUCAGUGGGUGAUAAAUCUGUGCAGAACACGCUUGUUACACAGACCUCUGAGCGAGGUGUAUUCCUUUGACAGCGUUCUGAAUCUGAAGGAAGCCAAACUUCUCCAUCCGCUGCACUCACUCCGCCAAUCCACCCAAGUCCUCACGGUCUAAGUGAAACAGGGUGAUUGCUAUGCAAAUGCAGCUUCCACAAAGUCCCUAGCAACACCCAGGCCGCCAACACCAAUCAGCUGACUUCUGCUAAUCCUCCCAUUUAUAGAAUUUCUAGAGCAGCCGUGGGAAAGGGAAUGGAUGGGGUGGACCUGGGUGCUACUGAGCCCAGAGAAGGGGAAGUAGGUUAGCUCAGGGCACAGAAAAGUUCUUGGAGGCUUAUUCUUGGUAAAAGGUUGGUCUUGAACCUCAGAAGAUGGGGGAACCACAUCCUGGUCUCGCCCGUCCACCCACCCUAACGUCACCAGCCAUCUAAGCCCCACCCUCCCCCUCAAACGCUUAGGCAACCUGCCCACAUGCUGCCCCCACCUCCUAGCGACCCAGAUAUCGCCGUCAGCAGCAUCCUCUUUCAUCAGGGAGCCAGGAUGUCCAAGGUCCUAGGGACUUGAGGUCCUUGCCCUCACUGCUCAGGUCCCCCUCAUCAACAGGAACACCCUUCACCAUGGCCCGGAUGCUGUUGCUCAUCUUGAUCAGGGUCCAUUCAGGAUCCUGUGCUCUCUGGGUGUCCCAGCCUCCUGAGAUCUGUACUCAGGAGGGCACCCCUGCCUUCCUGCCUGUUCCUUCAACGCCAGCCAGAGGAGAUUGGCCAUUGGCUCUGUCACAUGGUACUGGGACAAAUUGGCCCCAGGGAAGGAGGGUGGUGGUGCUGGGCCAGGGUGUCAGAACAGGGAAUGGGACUCCGCUGGUGGUGGAGAGAGGACCUGCUCAGCUGGCAACACCCACCAUCUUCCUCCUUCGGGCAGGAUUCUAUGCCUUUGGCUUCCUCUCUGUGGCCAUAGGUAGCACCAUCUAUUACCAGGGCAAAUGUGAGUAGUGGAGCCGAGACAGGGGCUGCGGAGAUGGAAGGGGCUGUGAGAGGGCUGAGACGAAGCUCAAGAAGAGGAGGUUCUGCAGCACUAGGCGACCCCUGUGGCCUCGCCACCAGGCCACCGUCACAUGGGAACACACUGCCGCUCUGCGGAUGGCCUCUGAUGAGUGAUUCUAGACCCCAGUGACCCCGACGUUUCUCAAAAGACCUCAAUAAAUUCCUCUCUGCCCGACCACUCUCUGCCUCACCUUCUCCUGAGUCUUGUAUAUUUCCUGCUCCAUCUCCAGAGACCCCGAUGUGCCUC